AUGAGUACCUAUCCAGUCUACAACACCGGAGAAAAUGGUCUGACAAUCAAGGGAAAUUGGCUCUUGAAUCUUGAUGAUCUUGUCCUGAUCAAAGAGCCCACGGCUCCUCUUCAUUGGCACCUCGGACGAAUCGUAAAGCUGCAUCCUGGAUCGGACGGAGUUUCCCGCGUUGCAACCGUUCGAACUGCAACGGGCCUCCUGACCAGACCUGCUGUCAAGCUUUGUCCUCUACCUUCUCCUUGA